CGAAAGCUAAUAGCUUCCGUUACGCUGCUGCUUGAAGGAACCGGUGCUGUUGGGCUCAAGUCCUCUUUUUAAUUUGAAAAUUGCUGUUGAGAUCAACUUAAAAUUAUGUCUCUCGUCAAUAUAGCCACUAGGCGACUUCUUUCGCAAGCCAAGAAUGUCCUUCCUGCAUUUGGAGCUGGAGUCAGAAAUGCAUCAGAAUUAACAAAUUUAAAAGAUGUUGUUGCCAACCAAAUUCCAGAGAAGCAGGCAGAAAUCAAAGAGUUCCGCAAAGAAUGUGGCGCAAAGGUCAUUGGUGAGAUUCAAGUUGACAUGCUGUAUGGAGGUAUGCGUGGCAUGAAGGGCCUCGUCACAGAGACGUCUGUGCUAGACCCAGAUGAAGGCAUCCGUUUCCGUGGUUACAGCCUCCCUGAAUGUCAGAAGCUCCUCCCUAAGGCUCCUGGUGGAUCGGAGCCACUCCCCGAGGGUCUCUUCUGGCUCCUGGUCACGGGGGAUAUCCCAUCAGACGCUCAGGUAAAAGCCAUCUCGAAGGAGUGGAACGAGAGAGCAGCCGUCCCUUCCCACGUCGUGCAGAUGCUGAAUAAUUUCCCCAGCUCACUUCAUCCCAUGUCUCAAUUCAGUGCCGCUAUCUCAGCCAUGAACAGUGAGAGCAAGUUUGCAGAGGCAUACGCUCAGGGUGUACACAAGUCAACAUACUGGGAGCACACCUAUGAAGAUGCAAUGAGCCUUAUUGCCAAGCUCCCCACCGUAGCUGCUAUCAUCUAUCGCAACAUGUACAGGGAUUCCUCCGUGUGCCCUAUCAACAUGGAUCUGGACUGGUCUGGUAACUUUGCUCAGAUGCUUGGCUAUGACGAUCCCAUGUUCACAGAGCUCAUGAGGCUCUACCUCACAAUUCACAGUGACCACGAAGGAGGCAACGUCAGCGCACACACGGUUCAUCUUGUUGGUAGUGCCCUCUCAGAUCCUUACCUCUCCUUUGCUGCUGGUAUGAACGGUCUUGCCGGUCCUCUCCAUGGUCUCGCUAACCAGGAGGUGCUAGUAUGGCUGACCAAGCUUCAAGAGGACCUUAAAGGGGAGGUCUCGGAUGAGGAGUUGAAAGCAUUCAUCUGGGAAACACUAAAAGGAGGACAGGUUGUACCAGGCUAUGGACAUGCUGUUCUUAGGAAGACAGAUCCUCGUUACGAAUGUCAACGUCAGUUCGCCCUGAAGCACCUGCCAGAUGACCCCAUGUUCAAGCUGGUCAGUCAGCUCUACAAGCUGGUACCGGACAUCCUUCUAGAGCAAGGCAAGGCCAAGAACCCAUGGCCCAAUGUGGAUGCUCACAGCGGCGUUCUGCUUCAGUACUACAAGAUGACUGAGAUGAACUACUACACCGUCCUAUUUGGCGUCUCAAGAGCUUUGGGCACCCUUGCCUCCCUCAUCUGGGACCGGGCCUUCGGUCUACCCCUGGAACGACCAAAAUCAAUGAGCACAGAGGGCCUCAAGAAACUUGUUGGUCGCUAAACCACAUCCUCUCCCUUUCUCUUUAAAAAGCUAUGCCAGUGAAACCUCUAAAAGUUGUACCCAAAAUCAGGAAAGGGUUGUUGUAUAGAUGAUCGUAUAAAUCUGAAUAGAUCUCUAUUUAUAGGAAUAUAUCAGUUGAGUGAGAGUUUGGAGAAUGAGACCUUUGGAGAAGAAGAAGAAGAAAAAAAACCUGUGUAACUGUUGUCAAGUAUUGUUGUGAAGUUUUGGGUAUUAUAUAUAUGACAUGAUUGUUUGUAUUCACAAAGGACUUGACAGUUGAAUAUUAAAUAUGAAUAAUGAUUUGAGUUUUAUCCUUUGGAUCGUUUCAGUUUUGUAGAUCACCUUUGUUUUGCAUUGCUGCUUUAUAAUAUAUUUCAAUUUAUUGCAGUUUUAGAAUGAAUUCUUAUUAGAUAUAUCAAAAGUUGUGAACUUGUAAGCAUGUGAUUUUGUUGACAAAUAUCAGAUUUAUUUUAUUGCUACCAUUAAAUGUACCAUGCAAUGAAACAACCAUAGACAGAGUUAAACAAAUAGUAUUAUGCAGUGCUCUAUUUUGCUUCCUUUCUCUCCUUUAAAAAAAAAAAAAAACUGGCAAGUUGGCAACCGAUUUGAAAUUGCUCUCAAAGGUAAACUAUACUUGAAAAGCUUUAAAGAAGUCUCCAAAUCUAUAAUUUGAUAGAGCUUCUAGGCAACAUAUGUAAGGAUACUAAUCUUUCAAAUGUAUGAAGCACAUAUAUCGGAAAGCUAAUGUUUUCUCUUUACAUCAAGAUGGGCAUUGUAGUAAAGCAAUGUCUCAUUUUAACAUCGAGAACUCUUUGGACUUGGGCCAAAAUCAAGUUCGUAAGUAGGGUAUAUGAAUUUGACAAAAUUAUAGCUUUGACCAUGACUUCAUUAUGCUAUGCCUUUGUAUGCAGGGUGAUGGGUUUCUAUGAACUGUUGUUUGCUUUGAGUUAUGAUUCAUUUUAUUUGAAGAGCUAGCAUAUGAACUGUUUUGAAAUUCCAUGGCAAUAAGAAAGGGCUAAGCAAGUGCUUAAUUGCACAAGGCAGUUCAUGUCAUAUGGUGUUGUCUCUACCCCAGUUCAAUUAUGUGCUUGUGUAGCUUCUCCUAUCAUCUACAUGUAUUUACAAACUUUUCGUUUACUAUUUGGCCAUUUCCGCUUUCCCCUUGGCUUAACUUUGGAGAAAAUGCUGUUAAGGUCUUGGUUUGGGUUUUGGUCGUCGGAAUAAAGAUUGCACAAGCGUUCCUCGCUGAACUGAUUAUUAAUCUAUGCAGAGACUUAAAUGAAAGAAUUGAAAAGAAUACUGCAAACUAAUUCAUGGUGAUUUACCCAAGUCAUCUUGGAUAAUGAAAGAAUGAAAUACUGAACAUUUGCGAGUUGAAGAGAGGAUGUGUUUUUAAAAUGUGUGUAAUUUUCUUCACCACAUUGUGAAUGUAAAAUAUAUUCUGAAAGAAUAAAAUCUAUUUGACCCACUUAAA